CAAGUAUGUCAAGGCAGGGUGGGGGAUACAUGGGAAUAUAUUUGGUUUUGUAAAAUAAUUUUUGCGCAUAUAUUUAUAAUAAUACAUCCGUCAUUCUUGAUGUAGGUGGGCUUCGUAGUUAUGAUACACCUCAUACCCGUACGUUCCAAACAGUCGCGAUCUAUUACCUGAACCCGAGAAUAGAUAAUAAUUAUUAGCAGCGCGGUACACCCUUUCACUCGAAUAAUCCAUUCCCGAUAGAUUACCGCCGUUGGAUAAUUCAUUCAAAGAAAGUAAAAGGAACGGAAUUCAUAAAAUGAAAAUCGAAGAAACGAGACUAUGAAUAAUGUUGUCCGAGCGAACGUCCGUCUGUGGCACAUGGGCUAUUGAGAUGAAUAUCGCGAACGUUAUAAUAAUCGUUGGAUUCCCGCGCGUCGCGGAUGAUGCGAAGUCCAAGAGGACGACGAUCAGGUGUACAAAUGUGAGAAUGGUGGGGUGAAGACCACAGCAACAGGUAACUUUAUCGCCUAGCAAAGAGAGCAAUAUAAGGCCAUUAAGACUACGUUGGACUCAGUCGUUCAAAAGCUGUUAACGCGUUGCACCGUGGGGCGCACCUUUUAACGAUAGCGGCAAUCAAUCGGGGGCAGUACAGUUGAUAAAUCGCUGCUGCAGCGGUUCGGAUAUAUAUAUUUUUUUUUUUUAACAAAAAAAUUGUUGUUUUUUUUUAUUGAUUUUAUUUAUCUUCUUACAUUUUCCCACCGAAAACGACGAUUCAUUGCGGAAAACUGGGAAGAAGAUUUUUUUAAAAUAUGCAACAAUCAAUCAAUUUUUCAACUCCGUUUUAACGACACGUGAUUAUAUAAAUUUGGAUAAAAAUAAUAGUUGAAUUUUUCAUUUGUUCAACGUAUUUAUAAACGAUAUUAAAAAAAUGUUGUCAGCUUGGAAAUCAUGCUGUGCGCCGGUUCAACAGCGAUGGGUUGUGGCGAUUAUGGGAUUUCUCGCCGUUGUAAACGCGUUUACAAUGAGAAUUUGCCUGUCGCUAGCUAUAACGGAAAUGGUGACCGAAGUCACCGGCGAAGUUGAAUUUUCCGGAGAGGUAUGUCCGUCUAGCAAUACCACGUCGAGUUCAACCGCGCAUGGAACGUUCGAAUGGAGCGAAUCGCUGCAGGGCGUGAUCCUCUCUUCAUUUUUCUGGGGUUACGUAAUAACGCAUCUUCCCGGUGGACUCCUCGCCGAAAGAUUCGGCGGCAAAUGGACCCUUGGCAUAGGGAUGCUUUCUACGGCCGUUUGCACUCUGAUCACUCCCAUCGUCGUUGAAGCUGGCGGAGCAACGUGGCUGAUAGUCCUCAGGAUAAUAAUGGGCCUCGGAGAAGGAGUUACAUUUCCGGCGUUGAACGUCCUCUUGGCCCAAUGGGUUCCACCUUCCGAAAGAUCGAAGCUGGGAACGAUGGUUUUCGCCGGUGCUCAAGUCGGAACGAUGGUGGGAAACGGAUUGUCCGGUGUGCUGAUCCAAAAUUCACCGAUCGGUUGGAGGAUAGUUUUCUACUUUUUCGGGGGAAUAGGGGUGAUCUGGUUCCUCGCGUGGUCGGUUUUGUGCUACGGCACACCGCGCGACCAUCCCUUCGUUUCCGAGAAGGAGAAAAAAUACCUCCACGAGACAAUGAACGAGCACACUCACAAGGUCAUCCCUCCGACGCCGUGGAAACACUUGGUGAAAUCCAAGCCGUUGUGGGCUCUGAUCAUCGCACAGAUCGGACACGAUUGGGGAUUUUUCACAAUGGUUACCGAUCUCCCGAAGUACAUGAGCGGCGUAUUGAAAUUCUCUAUACAAAGCAACGGGUUUCUUUCCGCGCUUCCUUACCUCUGCAUGUGGAUAGUGAGCUUCGGAUCCUCUUGGGUCGCGGAUUGGUUGAUAAACACCGAUAUUCUGUCGAGGAAAAACGCCCGUAAAGUUUUCACAUCGGUGGCUUCGAUACUUCCGGCGAUUUGUUUGAUGGGAGCCUCGUACGCCGGAUGCGACCGAGUGAUCGUCGUCACUCUCUUCACCAUCGGCAUGGCGUUUAUGGGGGCGUAUUACCCCGGUAUGAGGGUAAACUCGCUGGAUUUGAGCCCGAAUUAUUCGGGAACGGUCAUGGGAAUAGUAAAUGGUAUAGGCGCUCUGUCGGGAAUCAUCACUCCGUACAUCGUUGGAAUUCUCACGCCAAAUCAGACGGUAGGAGAAUGGAGAACGGUCUUUUGGAUAAUAUUCGUCGUUCUAAUCACCACGAAUGUUGCGUUCGUCGUGUGGGCUAGCGGCGACGUACAGUACUGGAAUGAUCCAGAAUUUUUAUUGAGAGAACAAGAAGAGCUCAGGAAUAAAGCUGCUGCGGGUGAAAACGCUGUGGGAAAAAUUCCACCAACUGAAAAGCCAAAGAAAUGAAUCGAUGAUUUCGAGAUAGAAAAUUUCUAAGCUAUAGCUAUCGUGAUGAUUCAUCGAUUAAUCAAUUAAGCGAAUAAGAAACAACUCUCGCGUAUCGCGAGGAAGAUGAAAAAAGGAAGAGGGAUUCUGAAAACGGAUUAUUGAAUCGCAGUUAAUUUGAAAUUAACCGACAGUUUUUCUAAUCCUCAAAUCGUCUCUCGAAGGCUCUCUCUACAUCAGCUAUCGUAUGCGAUCACCGGCAUAUAAUUAAUCGAUGGAUUUAAUCUUAACAAUUCUAUCGAACAUGCAUCUGCAUCCACCGAUGAUUAGGAAUAUUGAAUAUUUAUUUCGCACGAUUCCUAAACGGAUCGAUUAAUCCUCGUAAAAUCAAUGGAAGAGAUAUUUUCAAUCUCACCCGUGAGAAAAACUCACCGUACGUAAUUUAUAUCGCUAGUCAAUCAAGUUCAUCGUCACCUGCCUUUCGUCGGUUUUAUUAUUUCCCAUUGACCUGUGAGGUAUUCGUGUAUAUCCUAUACAUGGCAGGAUGGUAUAUAAUAAUUAUUUGUAUAAAAUCAUUGUAUUUAUUAAGACCUUAUCGAAAUAUAUUAGAAAAUCGUUGUACAAAAAAUUAUUAUCUAUUGUCAAUAAUUACUGACCCGAUUAAUUUAUAUCGUACAAUCGGUACGUUGAUCAAUAUCACCACGUGAGAGUUUCCCUCACAUAAAAAUGGAGAAGUGUUUACACGGCAGAAUAUACAAAAAAAAAAAAAAAGAAAUUACUACCAAGUCUCUCGGUCUUGGAAACGUUAAAAUUCAAAACUCUAUAGCUUUGGAAAAAACAAUUCAAUUAAGUAUCUCGCCGCAAUGCGAUGCUAGUCCCAUUCAAAACGCCAUUCGAAACCAAUUAAAAUAAGUUCUCUUUCACGUUUUCGCACGUAUACACAGCUAGCAUUAGGAAAAACGAGUUUAUUAUAGUAUAUUAGAGUAGUCUGGUCAUUAACCGAUUGUGUAUUGUAAGAUGUGCAACGUUAUAUAUACGCAUUGAAUAUUUUUCCUCCAUUAAUGAACAGGAUGACGGCUAUUAGCGCUCUUUUUUUUGUGUUGUUUUCUUUCGAUGCAACGACCGGAGCUAUUUCGGCUUCUCUUUAUCUCUCGACUAUUUUCAUUUUAAUUUUUUUGUUCGCAUUAAAACUGCAAUCGUCAUUGACACCGGAGGUAUACCUGUUCGGGUAUGUUCAUGCAACGCAAUUCAAUUUUCGUUUCGCCUAUGCGACUCGCACGGUGGUCGGCAUGUAAUUAAAGUUAAAUUUAAUCGCAACAAAAAGAAUGUACGCCAAGCGAUAGUUGCAUUCCAAGCAAAUGAAACAAACUUAUACCAAUAAUAAUACAUAACGCGAGCAAAUGACGUACAAGUUACGUAGGUAUAUGGGUAUGAAUUUAUGUAAAAACUGCAGGAAGGACGUA